AUGUCACGAACAAAGAAGAACAAGCCAGGUGCCAAGGCACAGGAGGCUCAGGCCGCGUCUGCAUCCGAACCUGCUGCGGCUGCUGCUCCUGCUCCUGCUGCACCGACGCAGACUGCUACUACUACUACCACCACCGAGGCGCAAACCGCAGGCACUGCCAAGAAGGGUAAGCUCAUUCGACCUCGAGGCAAGCGCGGCGGCGUCAAGCACAAGAAAGGUGGAGCUCGAGUCCAGCAAGACGACGUGAAAAAGUCAGCACUCAAGGAAGCACGCAAGGUCAAAAGCAUACCCACGUCCUCUGACGCCGGUGACUUCACCGACGCCAAGGCUGCUCCUGUUCCCCCUGCCGAGCACGCCGAAAAGAUCGCCAAGUUCCAUACCCUUCUCAAACAGCUCGAACAGGCCAAGACUGCCGAAGAGAAGGACGAGAUCCAAGCCGGCCUCGACUCGCUUGGAGGUCUCGCCCAGUACCAGGCGUGGUCCCUCACAGGCUCAGCCAAAGCCGGUCAAACCCCGACCAGCAAGUGGUGCAUGGAAGCGCUCAACAGCGUGUACACGCACGAUCGCGAUCAGCCCAAGUUCCGCGUGCUCGACGUCGGCGCCAUCACGGGCACCGCCUACGCCAAGUACCGCUGGGUGGAUGCGACGUACAUCGACCUGCACCCUCAGGGCGACAACGUGCAAAAGUACAGCUUCUUCGACUUCCCCGUCCCCACCGCCGAAGAGCAGAAAUUCAACAUGGUCGCGCUCAGCCUGGUGAUCAACUUUGUCGGUGACGUCAGGAAGAGGGGGGAGAUGCUUCGUCAUGUCCACAAGUACCUGCCGACCAAUCCGGACGUUCCCGGGUUCUGCUUCCUCGUGCUUCCCCUCAGCUGCCUGACCAACUCGAGGUAUAUGAACCAGUCGCAUUUGCGCAGCAUUCUCGACUCGCUCGGAUUCAGCGUGCUCAAGCAGUCAGACUCGGCCAAACUCUCGCGGUGGUUGUUGCAGCGCAAGCCGCUGGCGGAACGCCAGGAGGCUGCUGCGAAGAACGACAAUGCGGCUGUGGGUGCCGGCGACGAGUGGGACGGAACCGUCUUCAAGAAGCGCGAGUUGAAUCCGGGCAACGACAGAAACAACUUUGCUAUCGUUGUCGACCCUAAAUCCGAGUGA